CUAAAAUUGGCUGCACAGGAUUUUAAGGUCUCAAAUCCGAGUUUGACUACAGCCAUUACUUCAGAUCUCCGUUGAACAAUUUGUCAUUCUUUCCGGCCUCUUCCCCUCCCCGCCCGCCAUACCUCCAAAGGCAUACCAACAUCAAUCCCCGAGCUCUGCUCGCCAUUCCUGCCACUCCACCCCACGCAUCGAAAACAACCACCUUUCCAACUUCUAUCCCCCGGAGGAUUGUCGGCAAAAUCGCGGCUGUGUCUCUCUCUUUCUCUCUCCUCUUUCAGAGAGGCGUGAUGGACUCGUUGUUAAGAGAACCGACGAGGAUAAGCAGCCGGGAGAAGCGGCUGCGGAGGGUAAUAUUGCCGGCAAUCCGAGGGCAAAACUGUCCAAUAUGCUUGGUUGCCGUGGAAGCUCGCAGCGCAGCGGUGCUCUCGUCCUGUAACCACGCGUACUGCGUCCGUUGCAUCCGGAAGUGGAGCAAUUUGAGACGAAAAUGCCCUCUCUGCAACGCCGACUUCGACUCCUGGUUCUCGCAAAUCAGCCUCUCUUCCCGAAGCUUCCACAAAGAACUUUUACCUCCUCUGAAUCGCACUUCUAGUGCUAGAAGCUUCGGCCUUCAACACGAAGAGCAUCCUCCAAGGCAUGUGAGAAGUAGUGAACGGCGGCGAUCAAGGCCGUUGCCGUGGCGGCGAUCGUUUGGACGGCCAGGAUCGGUCGGUCCUGAUACGGUUGCGGAGAGAAAGCUCCAAUGGCGAGCUAGUGUAUAUGACAGACGAUUGCAAGCUGUUCCUUCAGCUUCAAGAAAUCGUCUUCAAGUGAGUGUACCCAUAACCGAUGGUGUAAAAGAGAGAAUUUUGCAAAGAAUAGAGCCAUGGAUUCGGAGGGAGUUGCAGGCUCUUCUUGGAGACGGAGAUCCAUCUAUUAUUGUUCAUGUGGCCACCUCACUCUUCAUUGCAAACCUUGAAAAUAAGGAUCAGGUCCUUCCAGGACAGUGUGAUGUCCGAGGUGACCCCCUUGCAUCGUUGCGCCCUUUUCUAGUUGAUCGAACUGACAUGUUUUUGCACGAGUUAAGAUGUUUUGCAGAGAGUGCAUUCAACAUGGAAACCUAUGACGCAGUGGUUGAGUAUAAAAGCUUGCGUUGAAUGUUGGCGAGAAACUUGAUACUAAUUUCUGAUCUUGCCUAUACAUUGGAACACCUGUGUGAAUAUUGGGGGACUCCUCAACGGGGAAGUUAGAGUGGCCAACCGCUUGCUCAGCUAAGUCAUGUGAUGCAUCUGCUGGGUCGUUUAGAGAAUGUAAAGAGCACUGGUUUACAAGGGGUUUAAUGUUUAACUGCAACAAAAUUUGAAGUUUCUUUUAUGCCACAAGCUAGCGUAAGGAUUCAAGAAGCGGGCCUGAUUUACUUAUGAGCUCACAAUCUCAUGCAAGCUGCUGUAGUUGCUUAGUGGAUCCUUGUUGGCACAAUGAUUCGCUUCUGCCUUCUUUAUACAAGCAACAAGGUUACGUAAAAGGAAAGGGAUUUGAGUUACAUGGUCCUUGUCGUCAUGAGAUUCGUGAGAUGUUUGUGUCUAUGGGAUAGUGUGAAGAGGACAGACAGUCGGCAUUGGGAUAUCCUGCUUAUGACUGAAGCUUGAGAGCAAAUUAUAAGGCCCUGAUCUGCAGUUGCGAAAGAACGCGACAAAUAUCCUAUGCUAAUUGCACUGGUGUUUCUUAUUUUCUCGUAUAACCAACUGACAAUCAUGGGUUCCACAAUACAGAUCAUCAAGAGCAGCCCACGAAUCCGGCUAUCAUCAGUGGUUGGAUGUUCCUGGGUCUUUCUCCUGCAACACCUUGUGUCCUCAGCAAGUUAAAAAUCUCCAAAUGCAACAGUCUGCCAUAUCAAGCAAACGCCAUGGCAGGCAACGAAACGGGUAAAGUGCCUAACGCUUUGAAGUCACAAAAAUUUGUAUUAAGCCUACUGCUGCAUUGUGAUCCUUGUAAUUGAAUUUUAGGGGACAAUUUCGGUCUUGGAGGACUAAGACCUCUUUUUAGUUAUGCUAAAUUUGUAAAUUACCAUAGUUAAAUUGUCGGAGUGAAGCUUUGAUAGAAUGAGAAUGCUUCCGCCUGCAGAUGUCCCAGAUUUCGUCGUUUACAUCCUCCAUACAACACAUGGUUCUGGAGGAAGUUUGUAUCAGGUAACAUGCUGGCUUUCGGAUGAUCCUCUUCUUUACUUCCAUAUUUGGCUCUGCUGGGUUGCACAGAUCAUGGCGAAAAGCAAUACUCGCGUUUUGCAUCAGCAGCCAAGCAAGGCACAGAAGAAAGGUUGACAACAGCCAAACUUUCUAAGCUCGCAGUACCUACAACGAAAGCAAAACAUCCAUUACAACUAAUCAACGUUCACGUCGUCGCGUCAUAGAGCCCCGCUCCCUCAUAUUAGAACAUAUGCAGCCUCAGUUUUUGCAACUUAAUUGCAACUCGCUGCUUCAAGUUUGAUCUAGGACAUUGUCAAUUCUGCAGUCGAAGGCACUCUCUUCAAGCAUUUUUUUCUCGGCUCUACUUUCCUCCAUUGCUUCAAUGCUUCAAUCUCCUCCAUCCUGACGGUACCAGCCUUUGACACGAUGAACAACGCACUUUUCGGGUGCAACAGCACUCUAUGACGUACAUAGCAAGUUCAGAAUCACCCAGGCCGCCAUAAUACCCUAAACCCUAAGCUACUGAUGUCUGCAUUUUGCAACAAUUAGCUAUAGUUGUUAUUUUACAUUUCACAUUGACUAACACAAUAUUACAAUGAUAGCUACCGUUCAAGGCAAAUCAUCUUCUCAACAAACAAAACUCAAGAAACCAGAAACCAAACACACAGAAAAUCCAUCUAAAUUUGUUAGUGCAGCCAAAGGGGCAACCUUUCGAGUCCUCCGAGUGUAUUUACGAUUCUUCUUCUGGUUCCUCCUCUUCUUGGAGAAGAUUUUCUCUAUUGUCAUGUGCCCAGAAACCGCGCACAUCUAUGAGCAUGCUGGCAACAGUGCCGCCUUGUUUGCAAGCUAGUAAAUCAGCCAAGGUAAUCCGCAGUGGAUCGGCUGGUUUAACCAUGUCCCAGAUUUCAUCCCUUACAUCCUCAAUACACAAUUCGUAGUUUCCACCCUCGAUCCAUUUCUGAUGUACAUCCCUG